AUGUGCACUAGAACCAAUUUAAUUUGUCAAAUUUUACAAAUCGACGACCAGUUGCUUAUAACUUGUUUCACAGUGCAACGACCCGACUGAUUGAAGUAUAAUUGCUAUGCCAAGUUAGAAAUUAAGAAUAAUGGCUCUAAGAUGUCGCAAGCUUCACAUCUUUCAAGUCUCAUUAGCAUUUCUGGCUGGCUAUUCUGUACGGCUAAUUAUGGACAUCCAAGCAUUGUCCAACCCCCCAUCAGAUCCUGUCACAUGCCCUGUACUUGCAGAUGAUGUGAAUAUAAAUGAGGAUAUUCAUCAAUUGAUACGUGAACCAUACAAACCUAAAACAAUGUAUGACAUAUUGAGAUACCAGUAUUUUACAAACCAGGAUAUUUUUGAUAACACUGAUUUUGGACCAACAAUUAAAUUAAAAGGUUCUGCUCAGCUGGACAUGAAAGAUUUACUUCAUCAUGUGAUGAUUUUAUUCAACAAUGGAAAACCAAAACAAUGGAAGUUAAAUAAACUGCUGAAUGGAUACAGACGAUAUGAUCCAAUCAGAGGGGAGGAAUAUAUUAUCGACGUACAACUUAAAUCUGGUGAAGAAACACAAAAUCAUCAUAUGAAUGUUGUAAAACCUUUUUCGUCAAUACAAAUCCUUGAGAGUGCCCAGACAGUGAAAUCUCCAACUAUACACAUGAUUGUAACAAUCUCAGGACAAUUUGACAAACUUGUAUCUUUUCUAAAACAUUAUGAAGAAAUAGUUCUUAAAAAUAAAGAGGAUGUUCACCUCAUAAUUGUAGCAUUUACAGGGAAACCUGGGAUUGACAAAAAUGUGGAUAAAAUAAGGAACUUAGUGCAAGUUUAUACUGUUCGAUAUCGGCCAAUGGCACGAAUUCAACUAAUAUUCACAUAUAAACCAUUUUCACGUGGGCAAGGAUUGGAUAUUGGAGCAAAACAAAUUCCUGGAGAAAAAGUGAUAUUUUUUUGUGAUAUUGACAUGAGAUUCAACAGGGAAUUCUUAAAUAGAUGUCGCCAGAAUCCUAAACGUGGCCGUCAAGUGUAUUACCCAAUCGUGUUCGCUCAAUACGACCCAGAUAUAGUCAGGAAUUACUCUCCAAAAGUAAGCUCCCCAAACCCAAUGGCAAUUAACAAAUAUACAGGUCACUGGGUAGACUAUGGCUAUGGCAUGAUGUGUCUCUAUAGACAGGACUAUUCUGCAGUACAGGGCUAUGAUCUUGGGAUCAAAGGCUGGGGUGGAGAGGAUGUUGAUAUCUUCACCAAACAUGUCAAAAGUAAACUGAAGGUUAUCCGAGCUAUGGAACCUGGUCUGGUACAUCUAUACCAUGGCAAGAACUGCAGCACUAAACUUGACAAAGACCAGAUGAGAAUGUGUAUAGACUCCAUGGCUGCGGGUCUUGGCAAUGCUCAACAGCUUGCAAAGAAAAUACUCCAUAAUUCAUUGAAAUAGCGAUGGAAACGAUGUUUAAUCAAAAAUGGUUAUUAUGCAACAUAGCUGAACAGCAAUAUUUCCUACUUCGCAAUUUUGAAAUUAGGAUUGCAAUGAUCUUACUAUGAAGAUGACAUGAAAAUUAAGAUGACCUCAUAAUGGCAUGUUGCACUGGAUUUAACUGAAAAUCUGAUUCCGUUUUCAUGAAUCUACAUGUUAUUGAUGUUAUUGAACGUCUUCCAUAGGAGUCGUUGACAUUAAUAUAAAUGCUACAGUUUACCAAGGAUGUGGAUUCAAGUAAUUGAGAAAUCCAGGAAUCCAAAAUAUUCAAGAAAAUUCUGUAGCUUUUAUUGUAAGACUAGCUGUAGAGAGCCGUAGUUUAGAAUGCUGUUUAGAACCAAAACUGAAGCAAUGAAAAGAAAUGAAUGAUCUGAAUCUACCAACUGUGGAACAGAAUCACCACUUACAUAUUAAAUUAUGUCUUCCCUGAACAAGGACAAUUAUAUAUGAUGUACAAGUGUUACUUUAUUUUAACCAUCUGUGCCAAAUGACAUUUUAUAGAAUUCUUCCAUAUACAUGAACAAUCAAGAAACAAAGUGACUAAAAUAUAUUAUUUUAUUAGCUUUUUGAAGCAUGACACAUAUUAAAAAGAAAAUAGUGGUGGCAAUAAUUGUUUUGAAAAUAGGAGAAGAGAACCAAUCCAACACAAUCAGCAAUGUUGCCAUUAAGACAUAAUACAGACAAUCAAGUAAAGUACCAACACAAUCAAAUAAAGCACAAUUGGCUCAACAAAUUCAAGCACAAUCAGCACAAUCAAGAACUAUACAGAACUGUUCAUGAAGCAUUUAUAAAUGGGAAUUAAGGUUUCUGUAAUUAAGGUUUCUAUAUUUAGAGGCAUUUCUGAAAGGAUUAUAAACAAAACAUUAAUGUUACUUGCAUGUUAUUUAUUUUAGAUUUACAUAACAUCAGGGUAAUGACACAAUUCACAUGGAUGGAUACUCUUUUAUUAGGACUAGUAAAUAUUGG